AUGCCACUUACCUACAUUCCUCGGGACCUCGACUACGUUCCGCCACCAGGUCAAGAAGUCACUCGAAUCGAGACACACCACGACGAUCUUUUCCAGGCAACAGAUGUCCCACUCCGAGCAUGGAAUCGGCCGCUAGACCUUCCACCGGAAGAUCCAACUCUAGGUCUCUGCGCCCGGCACCGUCUCAUGGACCUCAAACGCUCAGAUUUCGGGCCUCGGCGGUUUAGCCAACAACUUCCUCCAGAAUGGUAUCUCGGUACCUAUACUGAGGUAGCGGCACGGGGAUCAUGGUGCAAGGUGUGUCAGCUGGUCGCCGAAGCUUGCGAUGACAUUGCAUGGCCGGAUGAGGCGGAUAUAGUUAUGAGCUGGAUUGGAGAUGUGCGGUGGAGGAAGAAAGCUGGGCAUGAUGAUGAGCUGAGUGGAACGUGGGAAACUUUGAGGCUCAGGGUUCGAUCGGUCAUGAUCGGAAGAGCACCGCCUUUUACACCUUUCGAUCUGGUGCCAUUGGGUCGAGAGGGGGAACUAUUCCAGGGGAGAUGUCUCAAGGAAGGUCAAAUUGAUCUAGAUCGCGUGAGGGCCUGGCUGAAGUGUUGCAGGGAAUGGCAUGGAGGGGAGUGCUCCCACUGGAUGAAGCAGCAGAGCGUAUCGGAAUCUAUCACGUCAGCGACAUUCGACCCAUUCAUCCGACUCAUUGACCUCGAGGAGAACUGCCUAGUGGAGAGAAGCGAUCUCGUACCGUACGUAGCAUUGAGCUACGUCUGGGGCCGGGCGACGGUUUUCAAGACCCGCGAAGAAACAAUCGACGAGCUGAGAAAGCCUGGAGGGGUAUUGGAAAAGAAGGCAUUGUUCCCGCGUUCACUAAGGGACGCAAUGACGCUGGCGCAAAGACUUGGAUACCGGUACAUCUGGAUCGACUCCAUCUGCAUCAUCCAGAAUGAUGACACCGACACGUACCAGAACCUGGAUAAACGACAUCAAAUAGGGCAGAUGGGAAAGAUUUACCAGUACGCGGACCUCACCAUAGUGGCUGCCAGUGGAGAGGAUGCGAACGCUGGCCUGCCAGGGGUAGAGCCUGGGACGCGGUUAGGCAAGCAAAAAGAGGUCAAGAUAUCAGAUGACCUGACCAUCAUGAAUCGCUCUGUCGCCUGGCCGGAUGCGCUGCUUAGAACAACAUGGGAAGAGAGAGGAUGGACCUACCAGGAGCGCAUCCUUUCCCUGCGCUAUAUGUACUUUGUCGAUGACACGGUACACUUCCAGUGUCAGCGAGCCACUUGGAGCGAAGACUUUGCGGCCGAGUCUCCGGACCUGGCGUUGUCGGCCGCUGACCAGGUGGUCGACUUCAGCCAUAUCCCAAGUGAAGUCCCUCCCCCAAUCGAGUUGCGGCCAAAUUUGAAGUUUCAGCUCAAGCGAUAUCCCGAGCUGGUUGGCCAAUACACGUGUCGCAAUAUGACCUUCAUAACGGACCGUGUGAAUGGAAUCCAGGGUAUCUUGAACGUGAUCAAGGAUCACUUCUUUUCCCAGGACGUGGAGUUUGUCCAUGGGAUGCCAACGGGUGAGCUUCUUCAUCCGGGACUUCUCUGGCGACCAAGACUGGAGCCGAAGAGAAUACAUGUGGACGAGAAGAAAGGGAGACCGGUAUGGCCAAGCUGGUCAUGGGCCGGAUGGACAGUACCAGUCUACUACGACUAUGGUGCUGACUUUUCAGCCAACAACACUGGUCGAUAUCAAGCAAAUAUCAGCCUUGGCCCAGACCCAUACUUCCUCCACUUGAGAGCUCGCGUGGGCCGGUUCAGACUCAUGAUCGAGGACCGAGGAAAUGAGGAUGCGGUCCCUCCACUGCCGCGUGUCCGGCCAACACGGUUGACGCGGUAUGCGAUAACGCAUGCGACGAAUCCUGAUGGAGGUGAUGAAGAGUGGAUAGGGUCCAUAUGGUUGACGUGGUCCUAUCGAAGGAAGUUUGUUGAACACCAGUUGAAACUUAUUUCGAGGGUCACACAAGAGUUCAUCAUUCUUUCGGACGCAGACAAGUUUGAACGAGAGGAACUGGUGGAAGCCUCGACAGCCGAGAAGAGGGCCGUGGUCAACGUCAUGAUGAUCGAACGGAAGGAGGAUCCGGGAACGGAUGGCCGGGUUCGCAUUGAGCGGGCAGGUGUUGGUCGAAUGUACAGAGAUGCGUGGGAUGGAGUUGAAGAGAAGUGGGAGCGGUUUGAGUUGGGAUGA